AUGGACCGCGUGGCGUCCAACGGCCAUGUCGGCGUGCUUGCCUUCCUCCACGAGAUGGAGUGCAGCGGGAUCUCGUCGGCGGCGCUGGAAGGCGCGAUGAAGCACCACCAUCUCGACACGAUCGCGUUCCUCUUUAAGCACUUUCCGCACUUGGCGAUCCCGGAGAAAGCCACGUUGUAUGCAGCGCGCUAUGGCCACCUCGGGCUUCUCCGGUAUCUCGUCACGCAACGCCAAGCGCCAUGCCCACCGCGCGUGAUGGACGUCGCCGCGUACAAGGGCCACCGCCACAUUGUCAAGUUCUUGCACAAGCAACAGACAGGCUGCACCACGAUGGCGAUGGACGCCGCCGCCUGCGCGGGCCACCUCGACAUUGUCAAGUUUCUCCAUUUCAACCGGACCGAAGGCUGCACGACCCUGGCAUUUGACGCGGCCGCGGUCCACGGCAACCGACCGCUCCUCGACUUUCUCAUCGAACACCGCCGCGAGGGCGGGUCGACGAUGGCCAUGGAUGGCGCGGCGUAUGAGGGCAACGAAGCCAUGGUGCGCUUCUUGCAUAAGCAUCGACACGAAGGCUGCACGACGCGCGCCAUCGACUUUGCCGCAGAUCGAGGCCACUUGGGCAUCGUCCAAUUUCUCCUUGCGGAACGCUCCGAGGGGUUUACAUAA